AUGACUAGCAGUCUACACUUAGCAGCAUUUUUUUCUAUGAUUUAUAUUAAAUAUGAUAUUUUUAUUAAUGGUCUUGAAUCAAUCUAUCGAAAAGAUGUCAACAAACAUCACAUGUUUCGAAUUCGAUAUCAUGGCAAAGGUUCAGAAGAACAAACUCAAUAUUGGAAUGAUCAAUUUGAUUUUUUUCUAAGCGAAUCAUUUCAACAAACAGAACAAUUUAAAAACUCGUUAGAACUAUGUCCAGAGGUUAUAGCGUUUACGGCACCCGAGAUUCCGAGAAUAAGUGCUGCAUUAAUGGCUCGCUAUGAAGAAUUGGAUGAUAAUUAUUAUAUUUGUUAUUUGUCGGUUUUACUCGAAUAUCGUAAAUAUGGUCUUGCGUCGAGUCUCCUAAAUGCAAUGAUUCUCGAAGCACUUGAUUCGGGUGUUGAACAUGUUACAUUACACGUAAAUAUAAAGAAUGAAAAUGCACUAAGAUUAUACAAAAAAUGUGGAUUUCGUUGUAAUAAAUAUGAAUCUGAUUAUUAUAUCGAAACGGAAGAUUUAUAUUCUGAUGGAUAUUACAUGAUAUUGACAACAAGUCACAUUCGAAGUCCAUCAUUAGUAUGUAGAAAACCAAAAGCGGUUAUUAUACCGCCUGAUAUUGAAGCAACGUAUACUGCGCAAUGUACAAAAAAUGCGGAAAUUAAACAACACAAUUUUGUCGAGCUAUUUUAA